AUGGGCGAUAUGAAGACGCCAGACUUUGAUGACCUGCUGGCAGCUUUCGAUAUUCCUGACAUGGUGGAUCCUAAGGCCGCUAUUGAGUCUGGCCACCAUGAUGACCAUGACAACCAGCUUAAACAAGCCAGUGGUGGGGUGUCUGCCAAUGAUGAUGAGGCCCAAAACCCUUCGGCAGGACAUGAUGUUGGUGUUAGUGUAAUUGUCAAGAACAUCCGAAACAUGGACACUGGUGAGCAUGGUGGAAACCUAUCAGAAAAAGAGGGCCAUCUACAACCACAACCUCAUGCUGUUACCAUAGGAAAUGGACUUCAUAAUGGCUUCUUACCAGCAACAUCACCAAGCAAACAUUACACAAAGAAUGGAUGGAAAGCUCCCAGGGAAGAAGGUCAUCCAGUUAAUAACCCAACAUCUACCUUUAAUCAGUUCAGUCCUAUCUCCAGUGCUGAAGAGUUUGAUGAUGAUGACAAGAUUGAAGUCGAUGACCCUCUGGACAAGCAGAGCAAUCAAUCAUUUUUUAGACCCACUCCAAACUCCAUGAUUGGACAUCCUUCCUGUCCCAGGAGAGAGGACCAAAAUCCAAACCCACCUAAAUCACUGGAAAGUGUUUCUGAGCCUAGAGUCAUUGGAGAUUCAGGUCGACCAAAACCUGAUCAAAACAACAACAAUGGUACUUUCAGUUGUGCCAAAGUUAAUGACACUGCUAAAUCUAGGAAACCUGAUGAGCAAGCCAAAGAAAGUGUCACCAGGGUUCAAGGACAAGUGGGAAAAGAGUCUGGAGAGCUCUCAGCACUUGGCUCUGUCGCUGUGUCUGGUAGCACUCAAACCAAAACCAAGUCCUCAGCCAAGCUCUCCUCCUGUAUAGCAGCCAUAGCAGCCCUCAGUGCCAGGAAGGCCAGCACUGAAGACUCAGAGGCCCUGGAUUCUCCUACCUCCCAGAAAGAGCCUAUCCCUGUUAGCCCACUGAGAGAAUUCCCCCAGGAGGUCAAGGAAAAUCCAAGGACUUCAGAGCAACCACACGAACAAGAAUCUGCCCUGGAAGUUGCUAAAAGGCUGCUAUUAAGGGAGCCAGACAGCCCUUCUAGUGUCAUCAGUGAGGGUAGCAGUAAAGGGUCCCCUGCCUCACCCACAGGUACCACCCCUGUCAUCCCUAAAGUCAGAAUCAAAACAAUCAAGACUUCAUCAGGUCAGAUCAAACGUACUGUCACCCGAGUCCUUCCAGAAUUUGACCAUGAGAGCCUUAAAAAGGGAGAAAAUUCAAAUAUUCCUUCAGUCAUGGUUUCAUCUAUGCUCUCCUCCCCCACCUCUGCUGCAAAUUUCUCCUCGCCAACACGACACUCUAUCCCCACCACAGUAGUAGCCACCUCAGGAGGCCCUUCCAUGGAAAUAACCAAGCAGAUGACCAUCAAACCUGUAGCAACAGCCUUUCUGCCAGUUUCAGCUGUCAAGACAGCAGGUUCACAAGUUAUAAACCUUAAAUUGGCCAACAACACCACAGUCAAAGCAACGGUCAUCCCUGCUGCCUCAGUUCAGAGUGCUAGCAGUGCCAUCCUCAAAGCUGCUAAUACCAUCCAGCAACAGACUGUCAUGGUGCCCGCUUCUAGUUUGGCUAAUGCCAAACUUGUGCCAAAGACUGUCCAUCUUACCAACCUUAACCUUUUGCCUCAGACUGUGUCCACUGUUGCCUGUGAGCUCCACCAGGCCCUGUCCACCUCAAAGCAACCACAUCAGCAAGUCAAGCAGCAGUCUAUACUGGCUAGCCAAGCCUCAAAGAAAGUCUCUAGGGUGCAAGUGUUUGCCAGCUCCCAAAGUUCUGUGGUGGACGCCUUCAAUAAAGUCCUGAGUAGCAUCAACCCUGUCCCUAUAUAUGUGCCGAACCUUUCUCCCCCAACCUCUGCCUGUAUCACGCUACCUUCACGUGGUUUCAAGUGUCUGGAGUGUGGAGACUCCUUUGCUCUUGAGAAGAGCUUGACCCAGCACUAUGAACGCCGCAGUGUACGGAUCGAGGUCACCUGCAACCACUGUGCCAAAAACUUGGUUUUCUACAAUAAGUGCAGCCUCUUGUCACAUGCCAGGGGCCACAAGGAUAAAGGAGUGGUCAUGCAGUGUUCACACCUCAUCCUGAAACCCAUUCCCACAGAUCAAAUGAUUACAACAUCAGCUUCAACAGGCCCCUCCAACUUCACUCCUAGCAACCCUAUCACCCAAGCCCAGGGUUCUGCUGGUCAGAUCCAAGGGAAGGUUGCUGGUGGUGGUAACCAAAAUGCUGUGAUCUCCGCCCCAUGCAGUGCUCCUUUAGUGGCAGCCAUGCCCAUAGAGGAUGAUGCAUCAAAAUUAUGCAGGCACAGUCUCAAGUGUUUGGAGUGCAAUGAAAUGUUGCAGGACGAAAGCUCCCUAGCCAUGCAUUAUCAGCAGUCACUGGAGUCCAGUGGGCAGAAAACAUGCACCAUCUGCCAAAUGCUCCUUCCCAAUCAGUGCAGUUUUGCGUCACACCAGCGGAUCCACCAGCACAAAUCUCCUUACAUCUGCCCUGAGUGUGGUGCCAGCUGUCGCUCUGUCCACUUCCAGUCUCACGUCACCAGAAACUGUCUUCAUUACACACGCCGAGUCGGCUACCGUUGUCUCCACUGCAGUGUGAUCUUUGCUGAUGUUGCUAGUCUUAAAUCCCACAUCCAGAGUAGCCACUGUGAGAUCUUCUAUAAAUGCCCUGUCUGCCCCAUGGCCUUCAAAUCUGCACCAGGAACACACUCCCAUGCGUCCACACAACACCCCGGAGUAAAGAUAGGGGAGCCCAAGUUGAUCUAUAAGUGCUCCAUGUGCGACACCGUGUUCACUCUCCAGUCCUUACUCUAUACACACUUUGACCAGCACGUGGUCAAUUAUAAAGUGUCAGUGUUCAAAUGCCCCGACUGCUCUAUGCACUACGCCCAGAAACAGCUCAUGCUGGACCACAUCAAGGCCAUACACGGGACGCUGAAGACCGUAGAAGGUCCUCCCAACCUUGGAAUCAACUUGCCGCUGAGCACCAAGCCCACCAAUUCCAACAGUAAUAACAGCAACAGCCCAAGCAGUAAUAAUAACAACAGGGAUGGGGGGAAUGUCAAUGGUCAAGACUUGGGGGACAAGAAGCCCCUUCCAAUGCCCAUCAAGAAAACCAACAGCUCAGCAGAUAGCAAAGCUCCCCCUGGUCCAGGCUAUACAUGUUGGGAAUGUGAUUCUAUCCACACUUCCAGGGAGGUCUUUGUGGCCCACAUGAGACGUGAACAUGGAAAGAUUUUAAAGAAGCAUCCAUGUCGGCAAUGUGACAAAUCCUUCAGCUCGUCCCAUAGUCUUUGCCGACACAACCGACUCAAACACAAAGGGCUGCGUAAACUCUAUACCUGCCCACACUGUCCAAGCCUCAGUCAGCCCUUCACUAAAAGAGUGCUGUUGGACCAACACAUUCAGCUGAUGCAUGGAGUCAAAGACCUAGAGGGGAAGACUAUUAGCCCGGAUAACAUGGACGCUAUACCUGACAAUGAGCGCUCAAAGACCCUCAGCCCCAAGAGGAAGCAAGAAGAAGAUGAGGGAUCUCCAGGAUUGCACUCCAGGAGCUCGGACUCACAGCUGUUGAAGAAGCUCAAGGUGAACAUCGUCAAAGUUCACAAGUGUGCUGUCUGCGGCUUCACCACCGAGGACAUCAGCAGCUUCCACGGGCACAUCCCCCAGCACAAGUCGGACGGGUCAUCUUUUCAGUGUCAGGAGUGUGGCCUUUGCUACACCUCCCACCAUUCUCUGGCCCGACACCUGUUCAUCGUGCACCGUUUGAAGGAGCCGCAGGGCUUGGCGCAGCGCAACGCACAAGGUGCAGACGACGAGAGUCAAAGAGAGAACCAGCUGGGUGUCACGGAUGAAAACGACGAUGGUACACCCAACACCAAAUGCAAGGUGUGCGGGAAGAUGUUUGAAACAGAGGGAAAUCUGAACACACACAUGAGGACACAUGGAAUGGCCUUUAUAAAGUCCAAGAGGCUGAGCACUGCUGAGAAGUGAAAGUGGACGCAGCUCGGAACUGCUGCUGUAGUAGCAUUCCAUCGAAGACAAUGUUCUUGCUUUAAAUUUGAAACUGUAUCAGUCAGACAAGUGGGACAAAGAAUAGUCACC